AUGGAGCAUCCACUACCAAAGAGCUGGAGUAUCCACACCAGACCCGAGAUCGUCGCCAAGUACGAGAUCAUGGAGCGCGUCGGCUCAGGCGCCUACUCCGACGUCUACAGGGGGCGUCGACUCUCCGACAACCUCAUGGUCGCCCUCAAGGAAGUUCACGACUACCAAUCGGCGUUCCGAGAAAUCGAGGCCUUGCAAAUGCUCCAAAACUGCCCCAACAUCGUCGUUUUGCACGAGUACUUCUGGCGGGAGGACGAGGACGCAGUGCUCGUCUUGGAGUUCUUGAGGACCGAUUUAGCGGCGGUUAUUCGCGAAGCGAAAAGAAAGGAAGGUGGGGUCCGACUUGGAGAAGUUAAAAGAUGGAUGCUUCAGAUUUUAUGCGGAGUCGAUGCGUGUCAUCGGAACAUGAUCGUUCAUCGGGAUUUAAAGCCUGGGAAUUUGUUGGUUUCUGAUGAUGGGGUUCUUAAGUUAGCUGAUUUUGGCCAGGCAAGGAUACUCAUGGAGCCCGGAUUUGUUGCUGACAAUGAUAACCAACAAUCAUACGAGCAGAACACAGGAUAUCAGGAAAACAUUUCUCCACCAUUAGAUUCUGUCCCUGGAACUGACAGUUUACAAAAUCCAGGAUAUAAUAACCUAGUGGAGGAGGAUAUGAGUAGAGAAGAAUAUUUUAGACAGUUUGUUGAGCUCAAGGCUAAACGACACGCCAUGGAUGAGACUGACAAAGAAACAAAUAUUAAUGACGGAAACACAUCUUGUCUUGCAACAGGUACCAUAAGUGACAUUGAAGAUGAUCCUCUCAAGAGUUCUUACUCAUACGAGGCUGAAGAAGGGGGGGAUGAUGAACAUGGUGCCCUCACAUCUUGUGUUGGUACCCGCUGGUUCAGAGCCCCCGAACUACUCUAUGGAUCAACAGACUAUGGACUAGAGGUGGAUUUGUGGUCAUUGGGCUGUAUUUUUUCAGAGCUGCUAACUCUCGAGCCCCUUUUUCCAGGGAUUUCUGACAUUGAUCAGCUUGGAAGAAUCAUCAGUGUUUUGGGAAAGUUGACUGAAGAGGUCUGGCCAAGCUGUUGUAAACUUCCUGAUUACAGAACAAUUUCCUUUGCCAAGAUAGAAAAACCAACUGGUUUAGAAGCCUGCUUACCCAAUCGGUCCCCCUAUGAAAUUUCUCUUGUCAAAAGGCUUGUUUGUUAUGACCCAGCUAAUAGAGCUACUGCAAUGGAACUGCUCAAUGACAAGUAUUUCAAUGAAGAGCCUCUUCCAGUUCCAACAUCUGAGCUGCAUGUCCCUCUUACAAAGAAUGACCACGAUGAGGAUUCCCCUGGUGAGUGGAAUGAUUAUAAUGACAUGGGUUCUGACUCUGAUUUCGAUGAUUUUGGCCCCGUUAAUGUCAGGACCACCAGCAGUGGCUUUUCCAUACAAUUCUCUUGAGCUUGGUCGGAAUUGAAUUAUAUCGUUGAACAGUUAAGUUAUAUAUUCCAAUUUGAUUUAAGGUAUAGUUAAAAAAUCAGCUAUUAGAAAGAUGAGCGAUCAUGAAUCUUUGGAAGUUGCAUGUCUUUGUAUUAAAUCAAUAUGUUGAAUGCCCUUCAUUAAUUGUGAAAACCAGAAAUAUAUACCUGUGGUAAAAUGUAAGCUUUGCCUUCCUUUUUUUUUUUUUUUUCUAAAAGCGCCAUAAAUAUAGUGUAUUUAAUGAAAGGCAUAAUCAAAAGA